UUAACUUUUUAUAUAAAUUCUCGAUCCCCUUCGUAUCUUCAUCAGUUUCUUGCAAUUUCUUAGAAGUGAUCGACUUAAGCUCUAAAUAUCGCAACAUGAGUUUCAUCGGUUCAAGCAUCCUCUUGGCGCUAGCCCUAGGUUUGACCAACGCUGGUUACGAACAUGGACAUCAAGACCUAGGCAGCCAUGAUUUAGGAGGCGGCCAUGAUCUCGGAGGCGGUCAUGAACUCGGAGGACAAGAUUACAGCGGUUAUGGGGGUGGUCACGGCGGCUGGCAACCACAAGUUCAAGAACACCACCAACACAUACCAACUAAUACCAUUGAGCAUACCCAAGCGGUUGCAGUACCUGUAGUUAAGAAAGUAGGAGUACCAGUUCCACAUCCAGUAGGAGUACCAGUACCACAGGUCGUAAAAGUUCCAGUACCUCAACCUUACGCCGUACAUGUGCCAGUACCACAGCCCAUUGCCGUACCAAUCUACAAACUAGUACCUCAAGAAAUCGAAAAGAAAGUACCAAUCACCGUCGAAAAGUUGGUUCCCGUCUACGUCGACAAACCAUACAAAAUCGAAAUCGAAAAGCAUCACCCAGUCUACGUAAAUCAACCCUACCCAGUCCACGUGCCAGUAUACAAACACGUUUUACACACAUCCAAACAUGGUGGCGGUGAAGAACAACACGGAUGGCAUUAAAUCUUUUCGAUUUUCUAGGGUAGUAUCCAUCUCAUCUCUCAUCUAGUUUUCACCUCAAUCCAUUAUCUAAGUCAUCUUAAGCAGACUGUAAUUUGUUGACCUGUUAUUGUUGAAUGUUGUUAUGUUUUGCUAAUAAACUUGUUAAACAAA